GGCCAAAAGCAAUCGUCUUUUUUGUCAGCCUAGUCGUAAACACGCUUCUCCGAUACAACAGGUGGCGCUGUCAUCCUAAGAGUUGGCAAACAGAGUCCUCCAAACCGGAAAUUGUCAUUAACAUGGCGUCUGGCAGUGGGUCGAGUAAGAGUGACUUCCGUCGGAAGUGGGACAAAGACGAAUAUGAGAAUCUUGCUCAGAAACGUCUCGCUGAGGAGCGAGACAAAGAGGCGAGAGAUGGGAAAAUUGCGCCACCGGUCAAACGUGAGAUGCUGCGUCAUCGCGACUACAAAGUGGAUCUGGAGUCCAAACUGGGGAAGACCAUUGUUAUCACCAAAACGACCCCACAGGCUGAAAUGGGCGGCUACUACUGCAACGUGUGUGACUGCGUGGUGAAAGACUCUAUCAACUUCCUGGAUCACAUAAACGGCAAGAAACAUCAGAGGAACCUUGGCAUGUCGAUGAGGGUGGAGCGCUCAUCCCUGGACCAGGUCAAGAAGCGUUUCGAGGUGAACAAGAAGAAGUUGGAGGAGAAGCAGAAGGAGUAUGACUUUGAGGAGCGCUUGAAGGAGCUGCGAGAAGAGGAGGAGAAGGCAAAGGCUUACAAAAAGGAGAAACAGAAAGAGAGGAAGCGUCGGGCCGAGGACGACGUGGACUUUGAGGAGGACGAUGAGAUGGCGGCUGUCAUGGGCUUCUCCGGGUUUGGUUCAUCCAAGAAAAGUCACUGACACGAGGCACCUCACGACUGUAGGCGACAGCACGGCUGGUAAUAGUAAUAUCAGUUAUUGUUUAGCUCCACCCCCUACUGUAACAGGAGGUUUGAGCCCUGAAGGAGGCGCGAGACACAAGGACGACUUGUGUCCUGCUGCACACAUGGCAACAUGAGAAGUCUCCAUUUUGUUCUGACCACAUUCAUUGUUUUGCGAGUCUGAUCCAUCACAACUAAUUGUUUUUGUUAUUUUAGAAUAUUGACUCGUUUGCAGAUGAACAGAAAUGCAACCAAAAUCCAAUGGAACCUUGGCAGUUUCAACAUUACUUUUGAUCUCGUUAGAGUUCAAGUCGCAACUUUACAUUUGUCAUGUCGUCAUAAUAAUGCAUAAUUGGAUUCCUCAAUGUUAUUUUUGUCAUUAUGAAACAACAUUGCUGUACAUUGUCAGGUUUUUCGUCUGUUGGAAGCAAACUUUUGAUUUUAAUAAAACUGAAUUUUUGUUUUUAAACAGUUGUUGACCAAAUGAUCUAAAUCACUUACACAUUUUAUCAGUAAUAAUGACAAUUUUUAGUAUGGUUCAAUGCCAGACUGAUUUUUCUUACACAACACUGGUGCCGCCUCUCUUUUUCACCAGGAAAGGUGGGAUUAAUGUUAACGUCCCACAAAAUUGUCACCUCACAACUAUAACAGUAGAACUGGCAUUUAUUUGGCUGUGCCUUUUACACAGAACCCAUUUUACUUCAAAUGUCUAUGUUGAUUGUGACUCGUAGCUUUUGAGAAAUGAGUGUCAACAAAGCAACAUAAAUGUUUUUCCCCUCCCUUGCUCUCUAAAUGUCAAAAAGUCGUCUUUUUCUGUUGACUAAGAUCACAACAAAGUCGCACCGACACCAAUCACAACAGGGCGAGGGCGAGCACUGAUGCACUGAAAUUAAGCAAGCAACUGGAGGCCAGUUUCAAGUCCAAUGGGGUCGCAAGAUUGCAUGCUGUAUGUUCUAUGUCAUGUCAGUGCACCUCAUCAAGACAUACAAGGAAAAUGACUUAAAAUUCUUCAAAGUUUUCUCACAUGAGUACAAAUAAAACAUUUAAAUUCUUCUAAAA